UAACUGGCUCUAGAAAGCCAGGCCUUGAAUCCUCUAAAACUUUGAGAUCCCUUCUCAAUUUCAUUAUGUCUAAUCAAUGUUUCAUAGACUAAAAUUAUAAUUACCUCAAUCAUUUUAUUACUACUAAAAGAUUCAAAGUGAGAAGUCCUUGAUUGGGCUUUAGCCUUCUUAUGACUUGAGGCUUCAGCCUUCUUAUGACUUGACUAAUAGAUACCAGUAUUUUGAUGUUUUGUUAUGACUUGACUAACAGAUAUCAAUAUUGAACCUCUUGUUUCCUUGCCCAAAAUACCCAAUGAUUUUAGUUUUGUUUUCUGUGAUAUCUAAAUUGCAUAGACAGGUGAUGCACUGCACUAAGUCUGGUGAUGGGAAAGCCGCAUAGCUACAAGGAUGAAACUGUGGGAGUGAGAGAGAAAUGGGCCACUUUGGCAUGGUAGUCAUAGGUUGGCUUAAGAUAAGGUUAGUAUCAUUCCCAACUUAGCUUUCCAAAUAUCAACUGCCACCACAUCCAUAUCCAAAGCCAUUGCCAUAUAUGUGGUAGUCAAGGAAUGCAAAAAAAAGUAGGAAAUUCUUCUGAAAAAUGGCAGCCAUAGUGACUCUCUCUUCUUCUCUCAGCACCCAGACUCCAGUCUUACCCAAGUCUUCAUUAUCUGCAUCUGCUUUCCCUUGUGCUCUCAGUUCACAAAAGACAAGGGUCCAUAAGUUCAAAAUUUAUGCAAACUUAGGGGAAGCAGAAGGGGAAGUCAAGCCAAAAGGAAAGAGGAAGUUCAUAACAAGAGAUGAAGAACCAGAAGAGUUUUGGCAAACUGCAGGAGAAAGGGAAGGAGAGAAUCCCAUGAAGACCCCUCUUCCUUACAUUAUCAUAUUUGGCAUGUCGACACCCUUUGUAAUCUUAGCCAUUGCUUUUGUUAAUGGCUGGAUUAAGGUACCUGUUCGAUGAAAAUGAGAGACAGGAUCUUCAAUGUUCAUUCACUGGAUAUAAGCAUCUUUAAUUCAGCCUUCUUGGCUUUCUAAUGUAAGCAUAUGUUGUAAACACACUUGUUUUGAGUAUUUAUGUUCUGAGUUUUGCAAGCAAAAGAAAAAAAAAUUGUCAUCUACAAUCAUUCAUCAUAAUGAAUGAAAUGUACCAAACUGAGGAUGGAAAUACCAAAGAGACAUCUCUCUCUACCUUCAAUGCAAAACUAAAGCAUUUCCUCCAGAUGUAAGUACAUUCAGACUACUGGUUUUGAAUCAGUUUUUUUAGAAGAAUAAUCAUUCAUCGGAGUAAAUGUUGCUUGGAAGAUUUCUAUUUUACAAGACCUUGGGUUCAAAGUCAAAUCCACGCCUCAAGGUGAAUAUGGUGCAGUCUGCUCAAAUUUUUUAGGUUUUGGUUAUUUGUGUUUAUUGGGUUUAAGUUGACAUUUCCGGUGAUCCGGAUUGAGUUGGAUGACUCUCUAAAAGUUGGUGAUCUACACUUUGUCAAAUUCUGCCAUUUUCACCUAGCUAAAGAUGACAAUCAAGUUUAUAUUCAGCUUUAGAUUUGAGUCAUCUUGGGUUUGCAUUGUUCAAUUUUCAUAUCAAAUCAUCAAUUGAAUUUCGAUUAUUAAUUUCC